AUGAGUGGAGCACUGAGCGAUCUCCAGAAGAAGCCGGCUCCCCUCUUCUUCCACAACAAGAACGGUUUUCUUCCACGCAUCGACAUUCAUCACUCAACAUUAGGAAACUGCUGCCUCUUCCCAGGUCAGCAAAUGGAUUCGCGUCUUAUGAACGGACAGCCAAGAAAGGCCGGCGUAGAUUACGGCAAAUGCCAAGCAGAGUUUGAGGCGCAGAUGUUGUUGUUAGAAAAGGAUCUCAAGAAGUGGCUUCACCGUACUCAGAACGAGAAUGAAGGACGCAAGAUUCCUGACUCCUUGCGGCAUUCGUCUUUGGUAGGUAAGUUCAUUACUCGCGUAUUCCGAUAUCUGUCGCUCAGGAAGACGGUCUGCAGAUCCGCACCCGAGAUCAAAAGCAGAACAAGAACCUACAACAUGAUGUACGCUCCGUGGCAGUUUCGUGCUGUGGCGUCAGUCGCCGACCCUAGUUGUGAAAUCCGAGAACAAUGGGCUUCUUUCUCACCAGCCCUUUGGGCGUCCCAACUCACAUGGAAUGAUGAAAGCGUCGGCGAAUUUCCUAACGCGCUCCUCAACAAAUCUACACAGCAACCGAAGUCCUUCGAAACAUGACCCUCGCUUACCCUUAGGGAGAUCUUUAAUCAGUUUGGCCCCGUCUAAUGGCGCACUUUGGCGGCAGAGCUG